CGAUAGUUCCGGCUGGAGCGUGAGCCUGGACCACGAGAUCGCCUUGGUAACGAGAGGAGGCGGCGGCGCGAGCUGGAGGAGGCCAUAAUUCCAUUUACAGUUAACAAAUUUGCAAAAAUAAAAAGACAGCUAUAAUCUCCCUUCAAAAAAAUGGAAAAUCAAGAGAUGUCUAAUACGGAAGCUGCACCUGUUGUAAUGAAGAAAUUUCGAAGAUGUAACUGAUGAUUACGAUUGCAAUUACAAUACAACUGAGGAUUGUUUUAAAAAAGUUCAAUAAUUAUGACUUCAUCUAAGACAAAACAAUGAGAAAAAUAUUGUGCAGGUCCUUUGAAGUUCUAGCUUUCUGAAAGCAGAUAACUACCAUUCUUAAUAAACCUUUUUAGAAAUGGAGAAACGGUAAGAUGAUUUGUUAUAUCGCCUUUGAUCAGGAAGAAUUGGGUUGUCUUCUGAUAAACUGUGGGAACCAUAUAUGCUGUAAUAAUAUGCCCAAGUACAAAAACAAGGCCUAAUGUCAUUGGACUGAGAUUUUCAGAGCGAUGCUACAUUUCUGUUAGUUUAUAGUUCAAAUUUCUUCCUUGUACACUACUCGUCGAUAUAAUCAGUAUCUUUUAGAGUAUGUCAUCAUGGCUAGAUUUCGCAGAAAAAUGUGGAUCACAUUGCUGCUUUUUCUUUUAUUUAUUUUUGGUGUCAUGAUGGGCUUGAAGACCCUAAGACCUGAAGGAGCUGGCUUUGGAGAUGGCAUAGGACUGGAAUUAUUGCCACAACUUCGUCAUCGAGCUGCUGUUGGUGAACAUAGAGCAGAUCUCUCCAAUAUUGAAAAGUCAUCAGAAAGUAGAACUGCUCUUCCUGAUGCAAAAAUGAACGAACAUUUUGGUAUGAUGAAAAGAGCACCCAUAUCUGAUGCAAAUCUUGACCAUUUUCCUCCAGUGAAUUAUGAUUUGCAUGCAUUUUAUUAUUCAUGGUAUGGAAACCAGCAGUUUGAUGAUAAAUACAUACACUGGAAUCACCCAUUAGUUCCCCACUGGGACCCUAAAAUAGCAAGCAGUUAUCCUAAAGGAAGGCAUAUUCCUCCAGAAGACAUUGGUGCCAGCUUCUAUCCUGAACUAGGAGCUUACAGUUCCAGGGAUCCUGCAGUUAUUAACGCGCACAUGAGACAACUCCGGUCAGCUGCAAUAGGUGUGUUAGCUUUGUCCUGGUAUCCACCUGGUUUGUCUGACGAGAAUGGUGAACCCGCAGAAGAUCUAGUACCAGUCAUUUUGGAAGCUGCAAAUAAAUAUCAAUUAAAGGUCACCUUCCAUAUUGAGCCGUAUGAAGGGAGAGAAAACACUUUAUAUAGUAAUUUGAAGUACAUCAUUGACAAAUACGGAUCCCAUCCUGCAUUUUAUAGGUACAAGACUAGCGCCGGAAGAAAUCUUCCAAUGUUCUACAUUUAUGACUCAUACUUAAUAAGCCCAGGAUCUUGGGCCAAUCUUCUCUCGGUAUCUGGAUCUCACAGUCUUCGAAACACUCAAUAUGAUGCACUAUUCAUUGCCCUAAUUGUAGAAGAAAAGCAUAAAAGUGAAAUUCUUCAGGCUGGUUUUGAUGGAAUGUACACGUACUUUGCAACAAAUGGAUUCUCCCAUGGCUCUUCCCACCACAACUGGCAAGCAAUAAAAGAUUUCUGUGACAGUAAUAACCUUAUGUUUAUCCCGAGUGUAGGACCAGGCUAUAUAGACACUAGCAUAAGGGCUUGGAACAAUCACAAUACUAGGAACCGAGUCAAUGGCAAGUAUUAUGAGACUGCUUUAAGUGCUGCCCUCCUAGUGCGUCCAGAAAUAAUCACUAUAACUUCCUUUAAUGAAUGGCAUGAAGGGACUCAGAUUGAAAAAGCUGUUCCCAAAAAGUCCAGUCAGUUAGUUUAUCUGGACUAUCUGCCUCACAAGCCAGACAUCUACCUAGAGCUGACUCGUAAAUGGGCAGAAAAGUUUCACAGGGAGAAAGAACAAUGGUUGAUGUGACAUCUUUGUGUCUUGAGAAUGGGAAUAGAGUAAUUUUGAGGUCUAGCAUCAAAUAUUACAAAGAAUUUUGUUUUAGAGUGGGUUAACUCUGGAGGAAAUUUAAGUUGUUUUUGGGUCAUUCGGAUCAUCUUAUAAUGAAGUCCUGUGAAAUUGUUGAUUGAAAGAAAUGAGUUAUUAUGUUUGGUUAGAAAAUACCGUACACUGAAAGUGUGACAUUUAUGAAACUUUAAAUGAUAUUGAAAGCAGCAACUUAGGUUAAGUAUUGUUUUAUCGGUGCAAGUCCAUGUUACCAUUCUUAAUUUGUAGUCCUGAGUCAAAUGUCUGCAGUGAGCUCAACCAUCGAGAGUAUUAUUCAGACUCCAUUUCUAUCAUGAGGUAUGCCUGUGUGCAUGGUGGUAGUGAUCAUGAACAGUAAUUUUGAAUGGUUAGUUUCCUUCCAACCCAGAGGUGCGAAGAGCAAUAGUUUUACGAGUACCACAGCACAAACCAGGUGUCUAAACCAGGACCCUCCUGUGUGUCGUGUAUAGCUCAGUGUUGCAAUGUCGUGAAUUUACCAACUGAGCUACCAAUAGCAGCUAUUGAUUAAUUUACUUAAAUUAUAAAUUUUUAAUUUCAGUUGUUGUUAGAACACUUAACGUAUCUCAGCAUUUGGAGGCUUUUUAUUGCAUAGAUUGGAGAAUGCCAGAUUAGGUUUUCUGGUGAGGUAAGUGAUGCAUCCAACUUGCAUUGAACCUCUCCCCAUUUUUUUUUAUUUCAAUUGUUGUUACCAAUGAAUGUUACAAAAUGUUUAUAUUGUUCUGGAUUCACGUCCAGUAAAGAGUUUCUCUUGUGUCUUCCAGCAUCCACACUGCAAAGAGGCUACUUGAGAAUAAAUUGUGCUGAGGUUUGGGAAGGAUGGACUUAGAGUUUAAUACUUUCUUUUUUCCAGGUAGUAUUGGGGUCAGGAAUGAAUGCCAGGAGGUACAGAAUUUCACACUGCUGCUGGCAUACUGGUUCCUUGAUCCUAUCCCGGACAGAUUUCUCAUGACUGGGUCAGCCUCCGAGUUUGCAAAAAGAAUGGGGUCAAGUUAGCUGUCUCUCUUGCUGUCCACGUUCUGUCCAACAGCAAGAGUUUAGCUGUUACCCUCAACUGGGCAGCAGGCUUUCCCUCAGACCAUUACUUGGUCACUCCAGAAAUAAUCACACUGUAUGAUUGUAUUUUGUCACACACAGAAGGAUUCUGACCUCCAGUUGAGGCUGAUGGCAAGGUUUAGAAGCCCAGAGGCAAAAUCUUGCCGUUAAUGUAUCUCUGCACAAACCUGUGAAAUUAUCCAUAUUUCUUGGGACCUUUUCCAAGUUUGAGAAAUUAUCACAAAUUUAAUUGGUGUUAUUUAAAUUUCCUAUACAAUGCUGUAGUUGGUCAAUUUGCCAGCUGUGUAUUCCAGACUUUGACACUUGAAUUUUUUCAUGCUUUUUAUGUUUGUUACUACACCUGUGGAUUUCUUUAUUUGUUGAUCUAGUAGUGAAUGGUUGUCAGGUUUCAAAAUCAAAUUUGAGAAUGUUUUUGUUUAUUUAAUGACUUGAAUUAUGACAACAUCUCAGCAUUUUUAAUACAGCAGUCUGAAAUGGGACAAGUUUAUUUGCUCUUAACUAGCCCUUUUGAGUAUGCAAAAAUUACACAGUGUCUAAGUUUUCCAAAUGUUUAUCUUAAGGACCAGAUAUUUUCCAAUGCUGCUAUAACAUUUGUGCAGUUAGGUCUGUUGUUUUAUGAUUUACUUCCCAAGCUAAAGUAAAAUUUAGUCAGUAAUGGGAUUCUGAAAUGGUGAACUGAGAAUUCGUAAGAACUUUUUUAUUCUGGUAGCAGUUUCAAUGCUUAUAUUUUGAAUAUGCACUGGUAAUUUUUUUCUCUGAAGUUAAUUUUUUAAUUAACUAUCACAUGUCCAAAUUCACAGACUUUAAUUGUAUUUUAAUGGAUCCCGUCAGCAUCAUUUUGUGAUUUACAUGUUUAAUUUGGAAAGCAUGUUGACCCAAGUAUAAGUAUAAUUAAUCAUUUGUAACUUUCCCCAGUGUAGGCGGGUUUUACAUUCUCGUGUUUAUAUUUUUCCUGGAGUUAAGGAGUCACUCAAGAUAUUUCCAACUUUCUCCUUUCUCUUCAAUUGCUACCCCAUAAUGGGCAGUACUGUGGCUCAGUGGUUAGCACUGCUGCCUUAACAGCAUGAGAGACCCGGGUUCAAUUCCACCUCCAGGCAAUUGUCUGUGUGGCGUUUGCAU